AUGAGUUUUGGUGGUGAGGGGCUCUUUGAUGUAUUUUCUGGAGAGUCCGGCGCUUCUGCCGUCGAAGCAAAGACUAAUGGAGAAGGAAAGAGAAAAAUGGACGAUCCAGUCGCAAUAAUCGACGAGAAAAGACUGAAAGAUGAUGACGAGGCGGAAAUGCGUACUCUUCUUGAUUCACUGCCGAAAAUCAAAACGGUCAAACUCGACGUUGCUGGAUGCUCGCACGAAGUAUCCGUUCAUUCUAGCGAAGAAGUGCCUGAAUUACAACCACGAACAGGUCCACCAGCUAGGGAAUACAAAUUUACUCUUGAUCCCUUCCAAGAAAGAUCCGUGCUCUGCCUCGACAAUCAUCAGUCUGUUCUUGUUUCUGCGCAUACAUCUGCUGGAAAAACGGUCGUCGCAGAAUAUGCGAUUUCUUUGGCUCUCCGAGACAAGCAGCGAGUCAUUUACACGACUCCAAUCAAGGCACUCUCCAAUCAAAAAUAUCGAGAUCUUCAAGAGGAAUUCGUCGAUGUCGGUUUAAUGACAGGUGAUGUGACGAUCAAUCCGUCCGCAUCCUGCCUCGUAAUGACAACUGAAAUUCUCCGAUCAAUGCUGUACAAAGGCUCUGAAAUUAUGCGCGAAGUCCAGUGGGUGGUUUUUGACGAAAUUCACUACAUGAGAGACUCUGAGCGAGGCGUUGUUUGGGAGGAGACGAUCAUCUUGCUCCCUGACAACGUUCGAUACGUUUUCCUUUCUGCGACAAUCCCCAAUGCAAAGGAAUUCGCCGAGUGGAUUUGUCAUCUGCAUAAGCAGCCCUGCAAUGCCGUGUAUACGGAGUACCGUCCAACUCCUCUCCAGCACUACAUCUUCCCCUGUGGAGGUGAUGGACUUCAUUUAGUAGUCAACGACAAGAGAGAGUUUAACGAUGCGGAGUUCGACAAUGCAAUGGCUGUAUUGAGGUAA